GCAUUACGUCACACUGUCGAUAACUUUUCCAGGAUAAUACCGUUAAUACGCUAAUACACUAACUUGCGACCACAUUAUUUAUCGGUGAUUCGAAUUUUCCACGACUGAUCAAGGUGUGUAUCGUUUAUAAACUGCGAAUCAGUAAUUUCCGAGCAUUUACGACCAUCGAUUCUCCCUUUUGUUUGCCGUAUCGUAACUAAUCGCGAUAGAUAAUUGUCCGUGAAACGGAAAGAAUUUGAUAUUUCCGAACAUCGUACGAUCGAAGGAAAAUCGAACGAAGAAAGAAGAUCAAAACUUUUUAGACAGCAAAAUACCCGAAUGAAAAAGAGGUAGAAAAAAGUCGCUGUAAUUCAGAUAUAUAUAAAAAGUCAAAGAAACGUAACUUCGAUGCGAGAACAAAUGGCAAAUUUAAAUCUAUAGGCACGUACCUGCCCACGAAGGGGAAAAGAGGAAGUACGUGGCCGAGCACGUCGCGGCCCGAUAGCGUCGGAGAAUAUCCUGCAAAUGGUGCAUCCGGAUCGUGGCAAGGAAGGUGAUAGCUGCUCUCUGUCGGUUAUACCUUUACCUAUAUCUAUAUCGAUGUAGCUACACAUAACGGUUUGCACGCAGCCUCCGUUGAAAACGUAUAGCAGUAUAGCCAUAUACAUACACACGACUGAAUAUUCGCUCACACAGAGAUGGACAAACACGCAUGGGUAAACAAAUGGUAGUCGGAUGGUGUGGAACGACAGCUCGACGCGACGCGACGCGAUGCGACGCUUCGACUAUACGACGAUGGCGCGCAUCGUUUCGAUGCACUCUCCGACCAAAAGAGACAAACCAUCCUGGACGAAUAUAGGAACGAGACGAGGUGUUAGCGAUACCAAAAUCGACGAACGCAUCGAACGUGACGAGAUUGAAACUGCACUUUGAAAUUCUCGCUUCUUCUCGAGCGUCGCGUGUCCAAUCGCGGAACAUCGAAUCACCGUAUACGAUUCAAAGUGAAACGACAGUGGCGAGCAUGGAAUCGCUGGGUCGAGCCAGUCGCGAGUUUUAAGACUUUUUUAUACUGUUCGCAGAUUGCCCAAGGAAAAAUGUACGAGAAUCGGGAGAACAUCGGCGAUCCUUUGGGUAUUUAGUCGUGGGAUUAGCAGCGUAAUUCGUCGUUUUUCUUAUCUCUUGGAGGCCACGAUGCGCGGUUUCAACGUAAUUCCCCCGACACCGUGAUAUAAAAGUUUACGAUCGAAAUUCGCCAGAGGGUCUGUGCCGCGAUAUACACGGACGUAAAACCGAGAGCCGUUCCCCGUUUUAUGGUACUCCACCGAUACGAUGAGAUUCGGACGAAUCAUCGGCGUCUCGUGACUCGCGUCUUCCGGUUCCAGUCGACUAGAAUUUGGGUAAAAGUUUUCCAGGUUGCUUGCGCGAACACAAGCUAUGACCGAGCUUCGCAUGCGUUAUUUCCCCCUCGUUUUACCUUUACCUUUCGCCUUUCACCUUUCACCUUUCCUUCUUGACCCAGCUACCGCUAGCGCGGUGGCUAAGGCAAGGAUUGGCGAAAGGAUUCAGUCAAGAGCAAGCGAACAUCUUAUAUCGCGACCGCGCGAACCGCGUCUAACCUUCCGCCUCUGCAAAACCAGCAACACACGAAACAGUGUAAAUCGAGCUCUCCGGAGUUUUGCUUAUUUACGCGCUGCUUUGCAGACAGCGGAAAGCCUUCUCAAGAGAACCGACUAUGUUGCAAUGUUACGAGAGAGCCGUGAGCAACAUUCUUAUAAGAUUUCGUGGAUAGAGAAAAAUUUGCAUCCAAGGACAAGAAAUUACGAUCCCGCGGAAUACGAUGUACAAUUACGAGUUGUUUCACGGUAAAUUAUGGUUGCUAACCAAUCUGCAAAACACGUAACGACUAUUUUGCGAAAAUAUCACGUACAUAGAGGAAAACAUCUACCUCGUCUACGUUCACCUUACAAGCCACUUGUCGGUUAAGAAGUGCGAAUACACCGAUAUCAAAAAAUAGAAAAUGUGGAGACCUACGAGAGAUAUUAUAGGAUUUGACAACUGGAGUUUGUUCGAAGAGCCAGAUAUUCCCUCGGAAAAUUCAACAUUCGAUUCGAAACAAUAAGGGCAGAAUGCUGUUUUCCUGGGAGAACGAAACGGUUGGCGGAAGAACAAUGGCCAGUGGAAGGAACACUACGCUUUAAGGAACGGCAAGACCAGCUAGAAGAUGUCAAAGCGGCGAGUAAACGCGCUAUAAAGGGUCGCGCUAUGAAUGCCGGUAUUAGUGCCGCUAAGCCGCCGUCUUGGGCAGCCCGAAUGUAAUCUCGGUCGAGAUUACGACGUACGUCUUUGGAGCACCUUUAAGAGAUCGGCGACUCGUUCGCUUCUUUCUUCGCUUUAGAACUUUUGUACCGUGACUGGCUCGCAUCCGCGCCGAAAUGGUAAUCGUUCCGAAAGAGAAGAUGCAAAAAGGAAAACUCGUUGGUAAUCGCUUCGCAAAUUCAGCGACGCAGUUUUGCGAUUGUAGUUCAAUCUGGACGAUUAGGAAGGUGUUUCUCGAUCGUCGAUAGGAAAAAAUAGACGGACGGGUACAAUUUGGAAACAACGACGUAGCGAAAAACGUUCCAAGCAUCCAUACCUGUCUGGGAAACAAUCUACUUGGCACCGUGAAGAGACAAAUAUAUACCCGUGCGCUGCCCACUACAAUUAAAAGAUGAAAGUGCAAAGAAGAGCAUUUGUUCGUCGUUCGGAGGAUGUUAGAAGAGUUCUUCCAAAACGCCUCGAUUAUUUUCAUUGCGGAAAGAGUGAGAUAGUUUCACAAUUACGGCCUGCAUAAAGGGAAGCAAUUAUCUCACUAAAAGUGACACUAUGCAGCGGACAAACGCCGUAGCAAACAGGUAAAACGAACGAACUUUCGUUUGCACCUUCAUUUUUUAAUUUCACUAGAUCGAGAAACCCACGAACAGCGUUCUCUCGCCUGUUAUAAAUCUACGAUGUAAAGUGACACGUACGUGACAAUCAGAACGCGACGUUCGCUGUGGCUACACGUGACGUCGACUCCCAGCGAUGAUUUAUCGAGUUUAUAUUCGCAGAAGUCUUUUCCAGCGUUUUACAAUAGCGAAUCUCUCUACUCCUGACGUCGCGAAUCUCGCUUCCUCUUCGUCUCGUUCCGUUGAAAAAAGGACAAAGACUCGGUUGUUCGGUGCCUGUUUGCAACAGAAGGACGGCGGAAAGCGUGGAUGUACGCUUCGAGUUGACAUGGUCGCGGCGAUAGCCAGAGGCAAUUUCCAUCAAGUAUCGAGCGAAAUACGCCGUCAGGAUGAAACUCGGCCUGUUUGCGUUUACUUGGGCUGUAUCGAGGACCAAGUCGAUCGACGGAAGAAUCCUAGAGAUAAAAGGAAGCGAGAGAGAAAAAGGUCCUCGCUUCGAGAGUCAGUGCCGCCAGCGAAGCCGAUAAUCUACGACGCGAAGAGAAGAGACAUGAGCAAACUUCUCGAGGCCUAUCCCGAAGGAGCUGACCUGUUCCUUGUCUGCGAGGUUCACGGAGGUAAACCAAGACCCCGAGUCACGUGGUUUCUGGAGUCGCAGACAAUCGAUGCGCCGUCGGAGAUUCGGGAGACCCAAGGGCCAGGAGGCGAAACCAACGUCGUAACCAUAAGCAAUGUGACGCUGAAGGGUCUCACGAGAAGUCACUACCACGCCAAACUGUUCUGCAAAGCAAGCAAUACUCAUUUAGCACCGCCACCCACUACUGCCGUUAUCAUCGAACUUCACAUGAAACCAUUGAAAGUGGAAAUUAUGGGCAAAGACAAAAUCCUAUCAGCGGGGAAGAAAUACGAAACAAGAUGUCAGAGCACGGGAUCGAAACCACCGGCUGUUUUAACCUGGUGGAAGGCUUCUAAACAACUCAAGAGGACCAUUAAAAACUUUCAGGAAGAUGGAACAAGCGUCAGCGUGUUACAAUGGACACCGUCGAUCGAAGACGAAGGAAAAUUUCUCGUGUGCAGGGCAACGAAUCCAAAGUUACAAGACGCCGGCAUCGAAGAACGAUGGAAGCUAAAAGUACACUUUGCCCCUGUCGUCGCUCUGAAGAUGGGCUCCUCGUUGAAUCCAAAGAACAUCAAGGAAGGCGACGACGUUUACUUCGAGUGCAACGUUAGGGCGAAUCCUAGAGCUUACAGAUUGACAUGGUUUCACGAGGAAGAAGAGCUCCAUUACAACGUCACCGCCGGCAUAGUACUCUCGGACCACUCUCUGGUACUUCAGAGUAUAACUCGAGAAUCCGCUGGAAGGUACACCUGCAUGGCCGUCAAUGUCGAGGGUCGUGCUAGUUCUAACGUAGUGAACCUCGAGGUUAUGUUCGCUCCUGUGUGCAAACACGUUUUAAACUCGGCUGGUUGGAGGUAUCAGAACGCAACGCCACCACCCCUCAACGUUCCCGAAGAGGUCCACGGUGCCUUAAAGCACGAAACCAUCAGCUUAGUUUGCGAGGUUGACGCAAGCCCAACCUCCGUUUCCUUCCACUGGACGUUUAACAGUAGCGGUGAUCUCAGCGACAUUCCGUCCACAAAGUAUUCCAACGAAGGCACCUUGAGUAGACUCAAUUAUACCCCAUCAUCCGAUAUGGAUUACGGAACAUUGGGUUGUUGGGCUAGCAACAUCGUGGGUCCCUCGAAACAACCAUGCAUCUACCAAGUGAUCGCAGCAGGCAGACCGUACCCGUUGCAAAACUGCACGGCGUACAAUCAGACCGGUUCACGGAUCAGAAUAUCUUGCGUGGAAGGAUACGACGGUGGUUUGCCGCAAAAAUUUGUCGCGAUUGUGGACAAGCAACGACUGGAAUCGCCAAAUCCUUACUGGGAGUUGGAACUUCGCAAGCCAACGACGGUCGCUCUUUACGCGGUCAAUAUGAAGGGCUCCAGUGAUCCAGUGAUCAUGGAAGGAGAAGCUCUAAAAGGAGUGGCCAAGUUCACCGGCGAAUCGACAUCUUCCGUGGAUAUGUCACCGAUCCUGAUUGGCCUAGGAGGUACCGCAACCGGUUUGGGUCUAAUCGUGACCGGAGUAUUAAUGGCGCUUUGGAGGAAACACGCGGCCACUCCGGCAAAGCCAAAACCACCCCAACAACCAAGUAUCGCGACUUUUGCUACCAAAGGCGAAGAGGAAGAUGGGAAUCCAGAUCUCAUACCAACUACAGCCUUGACCAAUCAUUUCACAGAUAGGAAGCUUCUACAUUACGGUUCCUUACCACGGAGGCCACGACAGCUAGAAGGCCGAGAAAUAUCCCACGAUGUUAUAGAAGACUCAGAUUAUCCUCGAGCAUCGCCGAACACAUUUUAUAGUCUUCAGAGGCCACAUCGAUAUUCGGAAACGGCAAUCAGAAGCGCCGUGAUCCAAGAAAGCUGCAUCUAAAGAUCGGCGAACAAAGGAAACAGUGUUGUAAUUACAAGGAAAAGAGCAUAGUCACGGACUUGACACUUGACACACUCCGAAUAGGCUACGUUCUGUCGCAACACAUGAAAAUCAAAAAGACUAAAGCCAUGCUUAUGCAACAUUGUACACGUUUAAGCGUACGAAGAUAUUUAUUAGCUACUCGAUAACAGUAUGCCUUUGUAAAUAUUGUAUAUAAAUAAAACACAUCGAUUUCGUGUUA